GAUUUCCACUUUCUUCCUCUCCCACUGUUCUUUCAAUUCUCUUUAUAAUCGUGUUUUUGAUUUGGCGCUCUAUCUUCCACUCACUUUAAUCCAAAUGCCACUUCCAUUUGCUCCGUUGGAAAAAUCGACGGGAAGUUUGUAGCCAAGUUUGUUGUUCCUCCUCCAAUUUUCCGCUCUUUGAUCGAUUUCUAAAACCCUCUCAUAAUCUCUAAAUCUCGAUUCGAUCGCUACGUAUUGAUUUUCUCGAGUUUUUUGGGAUUUUCGGUCAAUACUUUGCCGUGAAGCCAAGGAGCUGCUCUGCCAUUGCUUUUGUGAAUGGGUUGUAUUCAGUCUAAAGGAAGCAAACAAUUUCCUGGAUAUGAAGAUCCUAUAUACCUUGCUUCACAAACUGCGUUUAGUGUUAGUGAAGUUGAAGCAUUGUUUGAGCUGUAUAAGAGCAUUAGCAGUUCUGUCAUAGAUGAUGGUUUGAUAAACAAGGAAGAAUUUCAGUUGGCCAUUUUCAAGAACAGAAAGAAGGAGAAUCUGUUUGCGAAUCGGCUCUUUGAUCUAUUUGAUGUUCAGCAGAAAGGGUUCAUUGAUUUUGGUGACUUUGUAAGAUCAUUGAAUGUCUUUCAUCCUAAUGCUCCACAGGAAGUCAAGAUUGAGUUUUCGUUUAAGCUUUACGAUUUGGAUAACACCGGAUUCAUCGAGCGACAAGAGGUGAAGCAAAUGCUAAUUGCUCUUCUCUGUGAAUCUGAGAUGAAGUUAGCUGAUGAAACAAUAGAGAUAAUACUUGAUAAGACUUUCUUGGAGGCUGAUGUGAACCAAGAUGGGAAGAUAGACAAGAUUGAAUGGCAAAAUUUUGUUUCUAAGAAUCCAUCGUUAUUGAAAGUGAUGACCCUUCCAUACUUGAGAGACAUAACCACCACCUUCCCAAGUUUUGUGUUCAAUUCUGAGGUGGAUGAGAUAGCCACAUGAGAAUGAGAUAGCCAUAUGAAGAAGCCAUUGUUGUGUUCUUGGGAAGAAAUGGACGUUUUGAUGGAAGGAAAAAUGAGUUUUUGCUCUUCCCUUCACCACAUAAGUGUAGUUUGAGCAAUAUUGGUCUCUUUACACUAUUGAAUUGUAAAUCUUCAUUGAGAAUUUUUGUGGCUUUUCAUUUGGCUAUGAAAGUUUGUACAAAAAAAA